UAAUAGUAUCACAAGUUGAUUAUGAAUUUUCAAAGAGCUCCUUUAACGACGCAGAGACUUCUACGACUCCUCCAUGUGAGCUAUGUCUCGGUUCCUGAGCUUCCUACGCUCAGAUUCUCUCUCUCUCUCUCUAGUAUCAUCAACAUUUAUGAUGCAUCCUCGAAGCUUCACAUUUUCAUCCAGGUGUAAAGUUUGAAGGAAUUGAAAGAAGAAAAAAAUGGGAUGCGGUGCUUCUAUGCAUCCACUUGGGGGGAGAGGGAAGAAAAGUGUACCAGAAGUGGUAGUGUAUGUUCCUUCAAUGAGAAUACCAGCACACUCUGAUCUUCAAAGGCCACUAAGAGGGUUAAUUCCUCAAGAUCUUGUUGAUAGGUUGGCCUGCCUUCGCAAUCAGAUUGUGUUAGUGGCUGGGGAUACAGGGCUGUGUGGAUCUGCCGUGACUGAACUAAGGAGGGCACUGGAAGAGUACUUGUCUCUUCUUAUUGGGCUCACCAAGAAAGAACAUGGACUCGAGGGCUUGGUCGAGUUCAAGUGGAAAAAUCUGGAAAGUGGCCGGCAGGAAAACUCUGUGGCAAACUCCUGGUUUGAAUUAUUAUCUGUCAUUCACAUGAUAGCAAUGCUUACUUUGUCAGAGGCUAACACAUUGAUGAUCCCUAAGGAUCGCUCUGGUUCUGGCAUUAGGGUUGUAUCUUCAGAUUGUAAGAGGGAUGCUGUUGAUUUACUGCUUAAGGCAUCAGGGUGCUUGGUAUUCUGUGUCCGUGAAAUCUUGGCUCGUUUACCACCAGAUAUCAAGAAAACCUUUUCAAAAGAUUUCCAAGAUGGUGUCCUGGAGGCUAUAUCCAUUCAAGCGCUAGGCCAGGGAACUGAAAUUCAGCUCGGUUUCGCUGUUGAAAGUCAAAAGGCUUCUUUAUCUGUGAAGAGGAGGUUGGCAUGUGAACAGCUGAUCUACUUUAGUCAGGCUUAUCACUUCUUGUCAGGGCUUGACAUGAGUAAUGGGCAUGGAAAGAAGCAUCUCUGUUUCAUUAAGUGGAAGUUCCUUGAAGCAAAGGCUGCAGCUUACUACUACCAUGGUCUGAUCCUUGACAAGGGCACCGAACCAGCCUGUCAUGUUAGUGCUGUAUGCUGUUUUCUAGCUGCAGGUGGGCUUUUGUCAGAGAGCAAGAAGGCCUGCUUAACCUUUUGCCUCACAGCUCCUGUUACCAGAUCUCCUCCGCUUUGGGGUGCAAUGAAGCACUUGCAUCAGAAAAUUCCUGAAGUUGCAUCAAGGAAGUCUCAGAUGUAUGGCUACCUCUUGGAAGAAGAGAAGGCUCUACAAGCACUGCCUGACCUACCAGAUUUCCAGUUGUCAUUGGCACCUGAUGACUAUGUAUUGCCGGAAAUAGAUCCAGCAUGGGAUCGCGAUAAGUGGGGCAUACAUAGUCAGCCCUUAAAGGAGCACCUCAAAGAUUCUGAAGAUGAGACUGGAACUUAAUGAAACCCUCUAUGAACUCUUCUUUUGUGCUCUAAUGAACUUGAAACUAUGCCACGCAAGGCUAAUACAGUACCAUACCUUACCAAGUUGCCAUAGGAUAGCAACAAGAUACUUUCUUGAUCUGUCUCCACAUCCAUGUAAAUUUUUGUUUAAAACGCUGUCUAAUAAAACUUGUAAAGAGUUUGUAUCUCUAGAAUCAUGUUCUUCUGUUUCGAUGCUAGACAAAUAGGCACCAGAUGUAUCCUUUCCAUUAGAAUUAAUCUUGGAAUGGUUCUUGUGAUGAUCACCAGACAAGCAAAACUCAUCAGCAGUGCGUGCAGCAAAAGUUGGAUAUGGUAGCUCCGGUCAUGGAAGAAUCUUCAUAUAGGUUAACAUCUGAUUUCCCAACUCUUGAUUUUUCAAGACUUCAUAGCUACAAACAGUCGACUAAAGUAACAACAUUAUUUCUUAGCAAAUAUAAAACGAGGAAGUGUUGAGAGUCAAUUUCGAGAAUAGAAAACAUAAAAUGAGAAAGCAUGAUUCAAAUGCCCUUAAAAGGUUCACGAAAUUUUAGUCAGCUGCCCUUAUAAUAAAAAUUUACAACUAUCCAAAACACAAUCGUUUACGUGAUCUAUUCUUUUAAUUCCUCCAAUGACGAGCAGA